AUGAGCGGGCAGUUCUCAGCCGGCCUCGCCAGCGGGCGCUGGGGAGGGGCAGAUGCUCCCCGGGGAAACAAGCCCGACCUGUUUGCCACGGGCCGUGGCUGGCGCAGGAAUGUGGGCGGUUGGUGGCCCCGGGUGGGUCCCGCGGGGACGCCGAGCCCGGCUGCCCGCACUCCCGCCCUCGGCACCCGCGCUCCCGCAACGAUGUUCCUGCCGUUCCUCCUGCUCCUGGCGACGGCCCACGGGCUGGUCCACGUCUCCUACACCCCCACUCUGGCCGACUCUUUGAUGGGCCGGAUCACCGCCUCCACCUUCGCGCUGAACCAGCCCCGCUGUAUCUUCCGCUCUUUGGAAAACGACACCAACAUCAUCAUCUGGCUGGUGGUGGCCACCCCCGAGGCCACAGCAAACUUCAGUAACAGCCUGCAGGCAGGGAACCCCGCCGGGGCGUACCAGGCGUUCCCGUCUCCCACCACUGCCUACAUGACCCUCGGUACCAGCAUCCUCCAGUACCCCUGCCAAAACUCUUCCGGGGACAUCACGGUGCUGCGGGUGGGCAGCGAGACCAGCUGUGCCAAUAAUCCAGGAAGACCCACCUGCAACGGCCCCCUGCCCGGCCCGGGGCCAUACAAGGUGAAGUUCCUUGCCUUCAACCGCUCCGAGCCUGUGGCUGAGACAGACUGGUCGGAUCUUAUCACUCUGAAUAAAGCUGACCCCUACAGCAGCACCUCCACCAUGGAGGGCAGGCACAGUGGUGGCAUGAUCGCCAUCACCACCAUCCUCUCCAUCCUCUUGGCCGUCCUGCUGGCCGGGCUGGUGGCCAUGCUGAUCUUCGGGAGCUCGGACUCCUGCAGCGGCAGCAGCACCUUCACCAAGCCGGAGAUGGUGACAGUGAGGAAGUACAACACCCACCACGUCUACGACCAGCCCGCUGCCCGGCUCUGA